AGGCACCCUCCCACACUGUGCACAGUGUGCACCCACCUGGCUCCCACCCUGCGGUUCCUUCUAGCUCCGGCUUCAGGUCAGAUUGGCACCAGGAUACCGCAGAUCAGAGGAGCUGCAUGCCCGUGCUGUGAUUGUCAAUGUUAGGAUCAAGGGUCAUGAGUUGAUUACCUAAUCCUUCUGUGAAGAGUUUUGGCAUUGAGAACGUCGCGUCGCUGCCAAGAGCUGCUCAAGCUGAAAGUCGUCCGCACAGGGCUGCAUUACUUCUCUGUAGAAGGGCCUGUGCUGGAGCAGAAGGGGCUGAAGGGAGGUGGCGGAACAGAUGGGUGAUGAAGGACAUCCUGCAGUCGAGGUGCGGGCUGCAGAAGAUGGGCAUGGGGAGGCGCUGACACCGUCGGGCCAUGUCAAAGCCUUCGAGCUUGAGGUGGAGGAGCGAGAUCACCAGUUCUUGACGAUGGCCGUCGACGAGGCCUACAACGGGGUCAAGCUCGGCGAGGGGGGGCCGUUCGGAGCGGUCAUUGUCAAGGACGGGAAAGUAGUCGUGUGUGCCGCGCAUAACGAAGUGCUUAAAAACAUGGACCCAACGGCGCAUGCAGAGGUGACAGCCGUACGGAAGGCAUGCCAAAAACUGGGGCGAUACGACCUUUCGGACUGCGAAAUCUACGCGUCUUGCGAGCCGUGUCCCAUGUGCUUUGGGGCCAUACACCUCUCCAAAUUGAAGCGACUGGUUUAUGGUGCGGAGGCAGAGGCUGCACUAGCAAUUGGCUUUGACGAUUUCAUUGCUGAUGCUAUACGCGGAACAGCGACCUAUCAAAAAACAAAUUUGAAGAUAGAAAAGGGUAGUGGAAAGGCUGCAGAUGCGGCGGAACAAAUAUUUGAAAACACAAAAUCUAAAUUCGUGAUGUACUGAUCAUUUACUAGGUUAUCAACAAAUACAUUCUUUAGUUGCUGAUCAUGAGUCGAGAUACCCGGGGGUUUGGCAAACGAAAGCUCCAAUCGUACGAUCAGCCAUGGGCUAGUGUCAGCAAAUUCUCGCCUUUCUAAUCAGUUGUGUAAGGCUUAUCUCAUUUGAACGCUCGCUCGAAAGGACUCUUGGUGUUGCACCAGCUUCUCAAAUUUUUAUGCCGGCAAAAUUACUAGAAGUACUGCG